AUGGCAAAUGCAGCACCCAAACCAAGUGGUCGUAAACGCGGUCGCCCCCGUACUGUGACCGACGACCAAGAAGUCCCAGAGAGACGCCGGCAACAGCUCCGCCUCGCACAGCAAGCAUAUCGCAAGCGCAAAGAGACCACAAUCGGUAACCUCCAAAGCCGCGUACAUGAAUUGGAGAGUGGCGUCGAGGAUCUCAGCAAUGCUUUCCUAUCGUUUAGUAAUCUUCUACUGGAACAACAACUGCUAUCCCAAUACCCGCAUAUUGCAUCGGCCUUACAAGACAUAACACAGCAGUGUGUGACGCUUGCGAAAGCUGCAACUGACGAUCCAAGCGGAGCCCUCGUUCAUGUCAAAGAACCAUCUGCCAAACCCGCCGCCACUUUGGAAAAUAGCCCGCCCUCAAGCUCGCUAGAUCAAGCGAACUCAGAAAGCUCGACAGACGUGGAAGAUAUAGUUCGCUCUGCACCCAAGUGGCCCGACACCGCCGCCUAUGGAGAUCAAUCAUUUCUUCCCUUCGGAGUCGUCAUGACAUCACCAAGCACACAGUUCCCCUACUUGACACCGCCGUCGUCGAGUCCCCCGACGCAAAGUUUGCUGUUAGACAGUACAGCGGAAGAAGAGCGAUGGAAUAUUUCUCAACGAAUAGUCAGGACAUGUUGCCGACUCGGAUACCGCCUUCUCAUGGAAUCUCCAAAUCACCCUAGAGUUCACCAGAUCUUUGGAUCUACCCUGAAUACAUCGGAACGCAACAAUUUGAUCGCGGCAUUCUAUGCUACCAAGCACGACAAAUUCGGCGACUUGGUCGAUGCCAAAGCUAACGUACUUAGUCCUCUUCGAGCGAAGUUGAGCACGCUCACCGCGGAUCAACCACAGCUCCCGUCUAGAGCAUGGCAAAUCGCCUAUGAAUCCGGCUCUGGUGACUGGAUGGACGCCAUAGGCGUCCGAAAAUAUUUGCACGAAAAACGAAUUGUAUAUGAAAACUUCCCUGAUUCGUCGGGUCGCUUGCAUCAUGAUGUCUCCUCAUCGCUCGACAUAUCCAAAUUCAUAAGAUGUGAGAUGUCCCCUGCUUACUGGUAG